AUGUCAGAUUGGGAAUCUACUACAGUGAUUGGUCAGAGAGUCAGAGCUGGUGGCGGCGGACCUCGUGCGAAUGUGGCAAGGUCUCAGGGCCAGAUCAACGCCGCCAGGAGACAGGGUUUGGUGGUCUCUGUGGACAAGAAAUACGGCAGCACAAACGCCAAGGGCGAUUCAGAGGGCCAGAGGCUGACCAAGGUGGAUAGAGAGACAGAUAUUGUGAAGCCAAAGAAGUUGGACUCCUCUGUGGGGAGAACGAUCUCGAGGGUUCGUACAGAGAAGAAGCUUUCCCAGAAGGAUCUGGCCACCAAGAUCAACGAGAAGCCUACUGUGAUCAACGAUUACGAGGCCGCUAGGGCUAUACCCAACCAGCAAGUGCUGGGUAAGCUGGAGAGAGCGCUUGGUGUCAAGCUUAGAGGUAAGAACAUUGGUGAACCUCUCGGCGGACCAAAGAAGAAAUAG